UAGUUACUAUGCAAUAAGUAUUGUGUUGUUUCUCAAUAUUGUUUAUUAUUAUUUAUUACUCAUGUGACGGAAGAAUGUUUCAAUUAUUCUGAUUACUAAAUUUUGUUAUUAUUAUUUAAAACUUUUGAAGUUAUUAUCAUUUAAUUUAUUGAAUUGACCAUCGGAUCAUUAAAGAUACCAUUAUGGAUUAUAAUAGUAUUGAUGAUGAUGAUGUAGAAUCAUUACGUUUAGCUGCACUUAUGUCUUGUAAAAAAAAGUCGAAUAGUCGAAUGAAUACAAUAAGCAGUACAUUGUGUAAUGACAGUUCAUACAGUAACUUUACUACUAGAAGUAAUAGAGGUCGUUUUCCUCCAUCUAACAGACCUUACAACAAGCGUACUUAUACAAAUGUUGGUUUUCGAAGACCAAUACAAACAAAUAACAAUUUAAUUUCUAUUAUUCCUACUGACAUAGAAGAUGAUUCACUCUCAGAUAAUUCUAAACAUAAAACUAAAGUUGAUAAUGAAGCACCAAGUCAAAUAUCACCUAGUACAAAAUCUUCCGGUAUAACUAGUUUAAAAAACACAGACGAGGAAGUGUCUACUAAAUUUAGUAGAUUAGAAAAUGAAUCGGGCUCUGAAGAUAGCAGUGAUGAUAAUGAAAGUCGAAAUGGAGAUAAAGUAGAUUCAGACGAUGGUGAUGUAUUAUUAUUAGGACAAGAAGAUGAAGACUUGGACGAUCUAGAUAAAUUAAUGGAUAUUAUGGAAGCUGAAAUAGCUGGAGGAGGUGUAAAGCAGUCCAUAAAAGAAAAGAAAAAUGGAAAGCAAUCUAACAAAGCAAAAAAAGAAAAAUUAUCUGAAGUUAAGAUCAAGGCCAAAACGGUUUCUAAAGUUGAAAAUCAAGUAACAACUCAACCUAAAGUAAUUGAAGAUACUAAAAUAUCGUUAAAUAAACUGGAGGAGUUAAAAUCCAUACAAACUGUAGAAGAGGUCAGGCAGUCUACAUCAAUUAAUAAUUUAUCAAAAUCUAAUUUUCCUUUACGAUCUCCAUCUCCUAUAAGAAAGAAAUCUAUUUCUCCUUAUAGUAAACUUUAUAGAAGAUCAUUAACACCAAGAUCUCCACAUAGACGGUCUCCUACUCCAGAUAGGUAUAGGUAUUCUCCAGUUCGAUCGAGAAAUUACCGUAGAUCUUUAACACCUAGAAGAUCACCAAGAAGAUUUUCUCCAUUAAGGGAAAAAAAUCUUUCUCCCAAAAGAUAUUCACCACCAAAGAUUCGUUAUCCGUAUCGUUCACCAUCUCCAAGAAGGAGGCGUCGAUCGUUAUCACGGGAUAUUUCCCCAGCUAGAAGACGAUUAACACCGUUAAGAAGAAGAAGAAGUAGAUCGCCUCUACGAUCCAAAUCUAGAUCACCUAAGGGAAGAUUACCACCUAUUAGGAGACGAACUCCUAGUCCAUUGCCCAAAUCAAGACCUAUAUCUCCUAUAACUCGGCGUAAAGAUACCAAAAUAUUGGAUGAUGAACGCAUAAGAAAUAAAGACAAAAUAAAGUUGAUUGAUAAAGAAGUUGAAGCUAAACCAUUGGACCCUAUAUUAGAAGCCAGAAAAAAGAAAUUUGAAUCUAAAAAACCUAUUGAUCCCACAAGUAAAAAAAUUAUUCUAAAAAAAUCUAACUCUGUUCAAGUUGCUAUUCAAACUGAUAACAAAAAAGAAAUUGAACCUUAUAUGUCAACUAAAGUCUUGCAUGUAACAAAGAAACCUAAAAUUUCUACUCAAACUCAUGAAACUCUACAAAACAUCAAUAAAAAAACAGAAAAUAAUUCCAAACCAAAAGAAAUGAAGAGAGUGAUGAAAUUAAAUUCUACUUCAGACAAAGUCAUAAAAAAACGACCAAGGAUUAUUUUUGGACAAGAAGAAUCUAGUGAUCAAACUGAAGAAGACAUGUUAGAACUAUCUGGCACAUCUGACGAAUUAUUAGAAGAAGAAGACGAAUUAGAACAAGACGAAGAGGAGGAAAUGGAGAUAUCUGAUGGAAAUGAAUACGAGGAAGAAAUUGAAAAAGAAGGACAAGAAUCGGGUAGCAGUAGUGAUGGUGACGAAGAAGAUGAUGAUACUCAAGAAGAACAAACAAUUGACGAUGAAAAAAAUAAAAUUGUUAAGGCAAAUGAAACUGUUGAUUUAAGAACCGAGUUGAAACGAAGAAGAGCUCUUCGUUUAAAUACAGUUCAUGUUGAAGUAAAAAAAAAACCUGAUUCAUUCUAUCCAGCUCGUUUAUUGCAGUCUGCAAUUAGAGGCGUUGUUGGUACAAGUUCUACAGAUGGCAAACGCAAAGUGCAUGCAGAACUACCAGAAAUUAGCAUAAAAACUGAAGGUAACUCAGAUGGUCGAAGAGUAAUAGUUGUAAAUAGAGAAAAACCUAGAGCAGAAUUAAAUAUUAAUCUCUCUGAAAAUUACACUGACGACAAAAAAUCAUAUGCAAGUGUGAAACGACUGAAGGGUAAAUUAAAGACUGCUCCAACUCUAUUAAGGAGGGCUGGUAUUACUCAAAACAUCACCAUUCAUAAAGGACUGAGGAAGCUGAAAAAACGUAACAUAAGUGUUACAGAUUUCAAUCAGAUGUAGGUAUUCCAAAUCACCUUCAACAACAAAACUGCAGCAGCGACAUUAUAGUAAAGAACACAUUAAUACUUUCAACUUGGAUGACUAUCAACUUGUGACUACUAAUGUUUUUUUAAAAAAUAUAUUACGUAUUCAAUAUGUCAAUAAUGAGAUAAAAUAAGUUAGCAAACAUUUUUCUUGUAUUACAUAUAUACUUAACUAUGUAUGUACUUCGAUAACUGUUAAUAUCGAUAAUCAAUAAUUAUUUUAUAUAUAUAGUAUAAAUGAGAUAUUUGUUCAAA